CGCGGUGGUGAGCCAAGGGUGAGAUUCCUUCUCGAGCGAAGGACAAGCGGGAGCAGCGGCAUAGACUUUGCGUUUCACUUCUAUCGAAUUUUCGUAAGCGCGAACUGUGAGCCAAGCGGGCACAGGUCGUGAGGCAUGAGGGCCUGGUUGCUAUGGUUGUUUCUUCUGUUGGUCGUCUUGGCCGAUAGGAGCUUCGCUAAUCCUUACUUCGAUGAUGGUGAAGAUGUAGACGAUUUUCAAGCUGACGACUCCUCGGAUUAUACAGACAACGCUUUGGAAAAUCUGAUGCGAGUGGCACAAAAACGUACCUCGUCGAUAAACUUGUUUAGGCGGGCUUGCAUAAGGCGUGGCGGCGAUUGUUACAACCGACGGAAGGACUGCUGCUACAGCUCUAGCUGCCGCUGCAAUCUCUGGGGUUCUAAUUGCAAGUGUCAACGGAUGGGUCUCUUUCAGAAGUGGGGCUAAACGAUAUCCUCUCUUUCUCUCCUUUUGUCAUAAAUCUAAUUUCACGCAUCUUGUUUCUUACAUAUUUUCUUUUCUUUUCUUUUUACUUCCCCAUCCAAUCCUCUUGAAAAUCUAUCCCGACGAUGGUAUCCCUGAUAGUGUCCUUAAGUACAUUUGAACGAUUCUCCCGUACAAUUUAACCCAAUCAAUGUAUUUAUCUCGUGAGAAUUCCAUGAGGAAUUCCACGUUUUCAAGUUUUGCGGUUUGCAUUCUUGAUUAAAACAAAGGCCUCGAUGAUACGCUUUGACAUCUUUCUUUCGUGUGUUUGUUAGAUUCUUUAGAGAGAGAGAGAAAUGAGUGAUUCUUCAAGCUUGUGAUAUCAUAAUUGGCAAUAGCUUGCAAAAUGUUACUCGCUUGGAAACUAUUACAUUCUUCUACAAUAUCUAUAGAUCCAGUCUCCCAAUGCAAUCUCCCAAUGCAAUUCAUGACUACCUCUCUCACGAUAUUCGAUGCUCGGGA